GAGGAAACCUAGUGCAUUUUUAACAGAAAAAUGGACAAAGCAAAAGCAAAGGAAAAACUGUCUUUUUAUUCAAAAGUGCGCUCCAGAGUUGAGACUCUUUCAUCUCCAGCAGCACAGGCUCAGCCAAACCCACUACUGAAAGUUGGAAACCGGAGCUGGCGACCCUCCAAAGUUUUCGUUCUUGUUGAUUCUUCAUUGCCAUUUUUGCAUGCAGUCAAUCAGAUUGAUUCAUUUGGCAAUCAGGUAAAUAUAUUCGAGGAGAAUUGUGAGGAAGACAAUCAAAAUCGGGCAGAUGUCGCUUCUCACGGGGAAGAAUUGAGUUGCAGUAAUGAAUAAUCAGUAGAAGGAGAUGAGGAGAGGUUGCUUUUUCAAAAACUCAGUUGCUUUUGUACUCUUGGUGGUGUCCUUUUGCUGUUUCUUGGUGGUGAUCAUUUCAAUGCUUAACGUUCCGGAUGCAGCACUAGGCAAUGCGGCAAUGCCCUUCUACAAGAACAUAAACAUCCUUAAAGUCUCUGAUAAUGACGACUCACUCUCUGCAUUUGGGAACAUGAUGAUUCAGAUGUUACCCCAAGAUCUUGCUUUCACUGUUUUUAUCCCUUCCGAAACAGCUUUUAGGCGCGACCUAAGGUUACGCAAGAAUGACAGUUUGGUUGGAGAAAAGGUGAAUGACACAUACGCAGUGAUCUCUCGCGUGUUGGGUUUCUCAGCUGUUCCUCGCAUUCUGGAUUCAGCUACGGUGCCUGCUGGUGGAGAGGUGUCUUAUGAUUCCUUGUCCGGGUUCACAUUGUUCAUAUCAAAGGAUGUAGGAGGAGUGCUGAUGGUUAAUGGAGUGAAGUCAGAGAGGGUUGAUAUAAGGAGAGGGAAGCAUGUUGUGCAUGUGAUCGACGGUGUGAUUAUGGAUGCUGAGUUUGAGCAGUCAGUUGAGCCCGAUUUUGAUGGAGAUGAUUGACAUUAGUUUGUGGAGGAAGGCAAAUAGCUAUGAUUGAAGUCUUCGCUCUUAUACACUUUCUCAACUGAAAUUUCAUAUGAUGUAUAAAGAAUUCGGAGGAUGAUGCCUUGAAGGCUUUUUCCCCUUCUUUUCCCUUUCAAUCUGCAAUUUUGUGUAAGCAUAGAAGAAAAUGCAAGAUUAAGAGCAGCAGUGAAAUAGUUGCAAAUCUUAGAGCCAAGGCCAUUAAAACCCUUUAAAGUAAGAGGACGGAUGAUCCUCUGGAAUCAAUAUAUAAAGACUAUUUCUUCUUCUUUUGAAGCUUUUUAUGCUGCAAUAUGAUUUCUUUUUUCAGGGUGUAUCAAUGCAGAAUGCUCCCGUACAGAUCCCAAAGUGGCCAAGGCAGGGAACAAUAAGCAAUUCACAAAACCCAAUGUCUCUCCUUUUUCUUUAAAAAAUAAAUUAAUUCUUUGAGGCUUAAUGGUUAAUAUACAAAGCAAAAUGUAAAACAAAAAACAAUAUUCAAACAGAACUUAAAGCUCCUAGCCUCUUUUAAAGUAAAACAGAUGAGAUAUGUAAGGACUCCUAAAGGCUAAAUUUAAAAAAAGAAAAAUCACACUUUUAUUACCAAAAACAAAUGAAGAGUGAACUAGUUAUUACACUCUGCUGUACACACUUUUCAUCCUCAGUUGUACAAUACAACCUAAAUCGUCUGCAUUUGCAAGCCCCUCAAAUUGCUCUAUUUAAAUCAAUUUUUUUAAAUAAAGAUUUGAAAAUCAAAAACAAAA